UCUGGGUCUGGCUGGGCCUGGCGCUGUGGGACGACGGUCGUGUCAGCCUCGGGUCCCCGCGGGUCCCACGGAGCCCCCGAACUCCCACCGUGUCUCAGCAACAGUAGGAAACAGCGUGUCUACCAACAGAGAGCUUUUCUGAAAAAAGAUUUCAUUAUUUGACAGACGGAGACGGCGGGGCGGGGCGGGGCGGGGCGGUCAGCGGGGCGGAGGGCCGGACGCGGGGCUCGAUCCCAGGACCCCGCGACCACGGCCCGAGCCCCCAGGCGCCGCGUGCAGACGGAGGCCGGUGCACUCCGCGCGGCUCCGCCGGCCGCUCUGCCGCCGAGGCCGUGAGCGUGGACUCUGAGCCCCCGGGGCCUGACGCGGGCUCUCCCGGUGCGCGUGGUGCCGCGUGGCCCCGGCGGCCCUCGGGCGAGCGGCCUGGCCCGGGUGUCCCCGCAGCCGGCGCCCCGACGCGGGCAGCGCAAACCCGGGGCGCGGGCCGGACGCGGACGCGGACCCCGAAGCGGCGCACCCCCGGCCCCGGGGCGAGGGGCAAAAUCUGCGCCCGCGUCACUAACUGUGUUCGAGACCGGUCGCCCCCGUGAGCCCCGGGCCCCCACCCAGCCGUCGUCAAACAAAAAUGGGGAAAACGGGCGUUUCUCCGAUUCCAGGCACCUGUUUAACCGAGAAGACGGCAGCGGCCGGGCCGCGGGGCGUGGGCGGGGCCGCGGGGCGUGGGCGGGGCCGCGGGGCGUGGGCGGGGCCGCGGGGCGUGGCGGCUACAGUUCGGGCCCCAGUCUGCGGCCCCGGCAUCUCCACGCCGUGCGCGCAUGCGCACAGACCCGUGCAGGAGGCACGGCGGGAGCGACGGGCGGGAGCGCGCGUGGGCCGCAGGCGGGAGAAGCCUCGGGUCGGCGAGUCCUGGGAACCUGAGAGGGAGCGAGCCCGUGGGGCGGCCGAAGCCUGGGCGUUCGCUGCGCCCCGACCGCGCGCCACACGAUUCUGGUCUUCGGUGCGUGUCCGUGUCCGAAGAGCCGAGCGCGGGGGUGGAAAGUGGGUCGCGCUUGUCUCCGGGCGGGAAGACGCUCCGGCGCCGACUGUGGGGACAGCGGCCCAACCUGGUGACGGCGCCGGACACCCGGAUCGUACACCUGAGACGGUGCGUUUUCGGGUCUGUCGCGGGAAAGCUCUUGGAGGGAGAAGCAGCGACCGCAGCCCACACGGACACGCACGGACACACGGACUCAGACGUGCGCGGACAAGCGAUGACGUGUGGAAACGCCUCCGCGGAGGAAGGGGCAGGUCUGGGGCAUGGCCCUGUGGCCCUGGUGUCCGGUGCCGGGCAUUCGCCAGAUGUUCACCCGGGCGUUCCCUCAGGUGCCGCCCCGGGUGAUCCUCCUGACGUCUCCCAGGUGUUUUGCCCUCUUCCUGCUUCUUCCUGGGUCCCCGGCGCGCUCUUCCGCAGGCUGAAGGCCGUCCCCAGCCUGAGGUUUCCUGUGGCGUCUCCUUCGUGCCGCCCCUCCCUGUCGGUACUGCUCACUGGGCGAUGCGGGGGAUGAUGUUCUAGGAGGGCCCAGGCCCAGCAGGGGGACAGCGUGGAUCCUUGUCUUCACCAGUGUCUGGGGCCCUCAUUCUUCCAGAAGCUUCCAUGGUACCUCGCUUUACUUUCCUGCAUUUAAAAACGUCUCCGGGACUUCUGCCCUCCGUGUUCGCGUUGGUUCUUCACCCUCCUCAGCUGCCUCCUCGGCCUUGUCCCUUCACGGCAGCCUGUCCGGUCCUCACGCAACUAGCCGCGACAGAGCCUCGGAGCACAGAAGACUCUGCGGAGGGUGGGGACCCUGUGGUUUCCUUACUGACCUGCCCCAGGAGCUUCCGGCCAGAAACUCGCGUUAUUCAAGGGGACCCCACAUGCCGCUCAUGCUGUGGGACUGGUGGACAACUCCAGGGCAGGUGCCCCUUGAUGACGGACUGGUGUCCUUAAGAGGGGGGCCCUGGUGGACCGCAUGAGGGGUCCGGAAGGGCAGACCCAUGCCAGGGGCUGGAGGGUCCCAGAUGCACAAGGCCAGGCAGGUGCCCCCCGAGCGGGGCUGCCCCCCCCCCGACCCUUUCAACAAGGGGAAGGAACCCGCAUGGCUGCAUCUUCAGAGUUCUCCAAAGGAUUUGAAAGAAACGUGAAA